GUCUUGGAUUGAAGUAUCUUAAAACUAUGCAGACGGAUUUUUUAAUUACGUGUUUUGUUUUUGUUGUUCCUCAGACAUUUUCUUUAACCUUACAUGACUUUUUCCCAUUUGGAAGCCAGCAUGGGGACACAGACAUGGCCAAAAAUGAUGAUGGAAGUACUGGUGAUAUAACUAUAUCAACACUUUUCCCAUUCUUUAAUCACCAGCACCCAAAACUCAUUGUUAACACAAAUGGAGUGGUUUCAUUUCUACAAACUGUCAGUACAUACACACCUAACCCAUUCCCCAUUGCCAAUGACGCGAGGAUGAUAGCACCAUUUUGGGCAGAUGUGGACACGAGAAACGGAGGUAGAGUUUGGUACAGAGAAACCGUAAAUUCUACCCUACUUGACAGAGCCAGCGAAGAGGUCCGAGCUUAUUUCCCCAGAUUCUUCAGAUUCAGAGCUUCGUGGAUAUUUAUUGCUACCUGGGAUAGAGUCGCAUACUACGGCUGUGACAGUCCUUGUUCAAAGACAAACACAUUUCAAGCAGUUUUGAUAACCAAUGGACAACAUUCAUUUACUUUAUACAACUACGAGCAAAUUGAAUGGACGACGGGUACAGCAAGUGGUGGUAAUGCUACGACUGGACUUGGAGGAACUCCUGCUCAGGUUGGCUUUAAUGCGGGAGAUGGUAUUGUGUUUUUCACGGUGAACGCAUCGCGCACUAUAGACAUUAUUAAUGUUGAUGAAAUGUCCAAUGUUGACAUACCAGGAAAAUUUGCAUUCAGAAUAGAUGCUAGUGACAUAACAGACGGGGGUUGUAAUAGAACAGAUUGUGACCUGACUAUAACCCCUCGAUACGGUCCACUGUUAGGAGGGCAGUAUCUUGUUCUCAGUGGUCCAUGCAUUGAGCCAACUGCAACCAUAACAGCUACAUAUCUUGGGUCACCAAAAACUUACAUCUGUGAUCGAAAAUCAGAAUUUAGCAUAGUAUGCAUAACACCAAUAUUCCAACACACCGGGGAUGCAAUUAUACAGAUAAAAAUAGAGACUAACGGUGUGGAGAAAACAUUUCGAGGUCUCUACACAAUCUUAAACCCUGCGGACAGCAAGCAUCGAGUGUAUAGGCAUAACUCUGAUGAAUGGUUCGCUGGACAGAAAUCAAUAUCAUGGGAGCCAGAUGCUUCAGAACUUCAGGAUAAUGAAACUGUCGAUAUACAUCUUUUCUCUUUAAAAGAGGAAAGCGAUCGUAAGUUGUCAUGGAAGAGUCAGGUUGUCCUUCAAGGUGUACACCGAGCCUUAGGAUCAGCA